AUCCCACCUCCAGCACCGAAUAUCUACUUCAAUCGCCCAGAUAUCUCAGAAUCAACAUCGUAAUGCAGUAUUGAGUUAUAUUCGACAUGUUCAACUACGAGAUUGGGACUCCCUGUCCGGCACCGAUUGACGGUGGGCGCGAAAACGCGUCGCCGUUUGUAAACAAAAACAAAAGCAUUUUCGACGAUGCCUUCGACCAGUUCAACGACAAUACCACCCAGAACAUUGCACAUAUGGUGCAGCAGGAAUUCAAGAAUGCACCGCCUCGUAGGACCCAGAGUUUGGCAAGAAAACCUAGGCGUGCUCCCACCACUAUUUUCGAGGAUGCCGACUGCAGCCAUCGCGAGUCAUACCAACGCGAUGAGCCUGCCAGAAUGAUGAGAAGUAGUGCAAUUCAUGCCAGACCAGCUCAGAGAAUUCGCAUCCAGACUUCUAGAGAGGAUAAGCCGGCCCCGCUUCCAACAAGCAGCAGUAGCGAUAUUGCAAACUUCAAGCCUACCAUCAGCACCAGCAAGCCUGUAAAGGAAGACAGAAGACGAACGAUCUGGAUCCCGGAAGACACAACCCUACUUUCUAUUCAUCCAGGAGCAUACGAUCACACACUCCGUGACGAGACGGUUGGUCUGCCUUCAAACAAUCUGGAUAUCACCCCCUUGAAGGAGACUCCUCAGACUGUUCGACUAGGAGCUAGUGCUAUGCGGCAAGCUCAGAAGAUGGCAUCUGCCUCAAAACGUAGUGCACUCAAAUCUCUCUCACCAGCUCAGCCCAAUGUUUCGCACCAUGUCAUGGGCACCGGUGGCGGCAAGGAGAACACGCUUCCUGGUGCUUUGCUCGCAAGAAAUGGCAAGAGUGAAAAGCUCAUGGCAAGACCAGGCCGGGUUGCCCCUCUAGGCACGAGUAAUUCACAGUCGGCUAUGCAACAGUCGACAAUUGGCCCGGCAAAGACGACAAGCAUUAAGAAGCGACCUGCACCUGAGCUGAAAGACGCACCAAAGCCAAAGGUUCAAGCGAGAGCCCUCCAUGAACGAUCGAGCGUCCGUAAGGAAGUCUUGCCCAAAGCCACUGUCUUGGACCCAUCCUCCAGAGGUUUCAAGCAAAAACCGAUGCCAGCCUCGAAGACAGUCAGUAAGCCACCAAUGCCCAAGCCUGUGUCAGUGACUCCCACAUCAAGAGACAUCAGCAUCCCGAACGUGAAACGUUCCGUCUUCCUUGCUGCAUCGCGUUAUCCAGUCUUGAGUGAUGACCUGGGUCAACCCGAGCUCUACGAAGACAACUGGCUCCAGAACCAAGAGACAGCCUUGACGCAGCUCGUGAAUCUGGUCUUUCAACAGGCGCACGAGUCUCCUGCCAUCGGUGGCGUGAGCGGUCUUCGCAGUCCAAUGUUAGUACUUUACCAGAACCAGUCAGUAGCUACUCUUCACCAGCGUCUGAAAGCGUCUCUUGCAUGUGGUGCACUCAGUAUGCCCAAAGACGCCUCUCAUUCACCGAAACUCAGAGAUGAUAUUGGUCUUCGCCGUCAGUUCUUCGAUCUGUUCGGCAACACUUACGAUGCGGAAGCUCUGCAGGCUGCUGCCGAGGUGGUGGUGGGUCGAGUCAUCACGCCCACCAUUGUCACGCAGCCACGGACAGGCACAUCAUCCUCGACUGGUGUCAAAGAAUGGAAGCGUUUCUGUUCGACGUUCUUCGUCGACCACGAAGACUCUACCGAAUUAUUGAAGUCUCGAAUUUCCGACUCUCCUGAUGAUAAUGCGAUUCAACUUGGUACACCCGAGUGGUUCUGGCAAAGAACUGUCCUUCGGGGUCUUAUGCUCAUUCAUCUUCUCGAUCAGACGAAAGUUACAGAUACCUUGUCCAGUCGUCUGUUUCAAGCAUCUUCGCCCCAUAAGUCCUCUCUUAGCGUACUACGCGCGUUCGCAAAGCUUAUGGUGCCGUCUGUCGGAGACAUCUGCCGUCCUCUUGGACAUCUUGGAUACAACGUCCGCCACAUACAGCAACCUUUGGAAGAAUACACGUACCGCAUCGAUAACCUCGCUGUCGAUCUCCGCGACGGUGUCUUGCUCACACGUUUUGUUGAACUUCUGCUAUACCCCUCAGAGAAUCUCAAGAACCAGUCUGAACGUACUGUGACUUUUGGUCUCCCGGAUGGCGUGAAAUUGGUCAGCUCCUUGGAUAACAACGAGUCUGCUCAUAUACUGAGUCAGCACCUUAAGUUCCCCUGCAUCAGCAAAAUCCAAAAGGUGCACAACGUGCAGAUCGCACUGAGCGCCUUGGCUGGAGUUCGUGGUCUUGCUGGCACCGCUAUCGAGACUAUAAAAGCCGAUGAUAUCGUCAAUGGUCAUAGAGAGAAAACUCUGAGCCUACUGUGGGCAUUGGUCAGUAAAUGGGGACUUGGCUUCUUGGUUGACUGGGACGAACUCAAGAAGGAGACGCUGAGCUUAUCUAAGCACUCGAGUGCUGGAAUCAACUACGCCCUUAGUGUUGAGCAGCCCGAGUCGAAUGAGCAAGGUCCUCUGCUCAAAGAAUGGGCUGCGAGUGUGUGCCAACACCAUAAAGUCAUCGUGACCAACCUCACCACUUCGUUUGCUGACGGUCGCGCGCUUGCAGCGAUUACGUCCACCUAUGCUGAGUAUGUACCGGCCACACGGAAGAAGUCGUCGUCGUCCAAAUUAUCGACUGCCGACAGACUGCGCAGUCUCGGAUGUAGCGAGGCCUUCAUUACACUCUUCGCCUCACAGGGCACCACGAUCCCGAGCCGCAGUAACACGAUUGCGCUCCUUGCUUUCCUAGCUUCUCGCCUUUUGCCUCUUGCGCGCACACAUAGAGCCGCUUGCACCAUCCAGAACGCCUACCGUAUUCGUCUUGCUCGUCGCAACAUCUCUCUCCGUAUCCAGAAGAUGAGGACUGCGGCCAAUUGUGCUCAGGCAGCAGCCAACAAACAGAAAGAGGUCGAUGCAGCAGUCACAUUGCAGAGGGCCUGGCGCGCAGUAUUGGACCGUCGUAUCGAGAGUCUGGAGAGAGAUGUAUCGGCUUUCCAGUCUUUAGCAAGAGGAUGGGCCAUCAGGAGAGCCACGGCGGGUAUUUUAGGAAGUGGUUCAGGAAGAAGAAUUAUGGGUGGGUGGUGAUUUGAGGAUACUUGUAAGAUGACAUCGGGAUGGAGAAGCAUUUUGACCAGUCGGCUUGUCUCGACUUUGGUGUUGCUUGAAGCAUUUGGUGUUGGAUUACUUUUUCUAUUUCUUUUGGCUGUUGUUUUGUUUUAUUAUACCGCUUUUCACGACUUUAUGAACACUUUUCAGCAUCAU